UCUUCUUGUCUAGCUCGGUCGAGAAAGUCAGGCCAGAUCCUCGCUUGGGUGCCUAGUGUACCCUUUUGUUUUUGUUUUUGGUUUUUUUGGUUUUUGCUUCUUUGCCCUUCUCUGAGCUUGCGCGUAGUCUUCACCCGGUGUCCCCUGAGAUCUUAAUUCCGCACGAAGGAUCGUCACCUUGAGAUUAUGCAGAUUAGUGUUGUGAUUAGUUCCGGGUGGUGGUGCGUCAAGCGAGGUUCCUUGUUUCUGCGCCUUUGAGCCUGAGAAUCCGGGGUAGCGAGUUGAAGGGAGACAGCCGCGGUCAAUAGAGUUGGUGGGGUGGUGACGAAGAACGCAGCGAGAGAGAGAGGUUGCGGGGACGGAAGCGAAGAAAGAAAGAAUUCGGAGUGGGCGAGGGUUAUUUAUUUAUUUAUUUAUUUUUGAAGAUCGGAUUGCGAGAGUUUUGAGUUCUCUCGGGUGUCGCGUGGUGGGUGUGCUUUGUCAACCCCGUUUGCUGCGUUUCAUUCAGGAGUCAGUCUCUUGAGAGAGAAGGAUCAGGAGGCAGGGAAAGUGGAGCACCCGUUUCACUUUCGGGAGUUUCAGGUUGUUUCAUUAUGUGAAUCUUUUUACUCGCGCAUGGAUUUUAGAAUGAUGCCGCAGAGAUUUGGGUUUUGUCUACGGUGGCGGUGACUGGAUUCGUGGCUAGGUUUGAAUACCACUCUUUGGUUUCUAUGGAUCUGGGUUCAUUGCAUAGUCAGGAGAAGCAGGUGAAGUAAUUUGGCGUAAAGGUUUGGCGCAAACCUGGCUUGGGAAUCCAAAGCCAGACGCAGUAGGUAUUCAAGUUCGUCAUGAGCUGGCUUCCCUGAGAGCAUCAUGCUUUGAACUGGUUCUUGUCGCAUUUACAAUAUCGAACGACUUUCGUUUUCCAGUGGAGUAAAAUAAUUUCUUUCUUGUGUUUGUUGGACUCGGAUGCGCAUCUUCAGGCAGGUUUCACAGCUUCAAUCAAUGUAGCAGGCAAGUCAAGCUCUUGGAGAAUUUGGGGUGAGACUCUCGGUGGACAAGACUUAGACCAUCAGUUUAGUUGGAAAUUAAGCACCAUGGCUCACGCGUCAUAUCGAAAUACAGAAACUUAGGUGUGCAUGAGCACCAGUCUUGAAUUCAGGAAGUGAUCUCCUCCCAAAUUUUAGCUCAUAGCUUUCCACCCAUGCCAAGCCUCCAAUGCCUUCUCAAAUGCCACCCUUGCUCCCCAGUUUAGCUGCGCACCAGCAAGGCUAUGACAGCAGCGGUAGCCCCCGAGCAUCACCAGGUGUGUCGCAAGCUUUUCCACCGGCUGGUGCGCAGUUCGCUUCCCAGCCCUUUCUUCCGUCCUCCACAGCUGCACUUGGGGGUAUCCAGUAUCAGGUCUGCGGCGCUAAUUCCACCCAGCAGCGAAGCUACUACUCGGUCGAUACUGGCGGCGGAUCUCCUUCUUCAUGGCAAUCUCCAUCUCCUUAUGCCGUCCAUCCUCCAUCCACCACUCCCGAGUACAAUCCCCCGACCAUGAGCAGACACACAUCGUCUCACGUAGCACCGUCGUCCCAGCAUAACAUCCACCAUGGAUUGCCCUACGGGAGUGUGCAGGAUAGAUCUUCGCCAUCGUUCCAGAUUCCUUCCUUUCACAACCUCUCUGCGACUUUUUCACAACAGUGGUCCAGCAGUAAUAGCCAGUGGGUAGGAGCAGAAUCUCCCCAGUCGGAUGUGCAUUGGCCAUCGGAUGUCAUGUCUAUGGGGGUGUCGAGCCCAUCAAGCGGGGGCAGCAGACCUGCAGCUCUCGCGCAGCUUAGUGCUCUUGUGCCAACAAGUGACAGUUGCUUGAAUUUCCAUUCUCCGCGCAGGGGAGUGGUAACGGCACCACCUGGUGAUGGUGGAGGAUUUCGCAUGGUUGGGGCGAAUGGUGUAAUAGAAUCCGAUCUACAAAUGGGGUAUCAGGAUACCGCUUCUGGAAGAGGCGGUGGAUCUGCCGCCUCUUUGGGCCAGUAUCCUGCUUCAGGACUUGGCAUUCCUCCCAACACCGAUGCUAUCAGCCUUUGCGAUCCUUUACAUCAGGUAUUGCUUGAAGGAGCUUCUGACCAAAAUAUACCUCGUGACGGUGAGGGCUCCUCGCAGACAGCAGAAGCUUCAGUGAACAUUUCUGACUGGACGGAUCCUGAAUGGAUGGAGAACUUUUCUGACGCGUACAACGAGAACGGGCCGUUGGACACCAACAACCGACGAGUAUUCCAACAACCAAAGAGGUUUCACCCACCACCUCGACUCAUUCCUACAAAAGAUUUACGAACUGAGCAGCAACAUUCAGGUGCUGCUUCGGAGGGGAGUCCAGGUGCCUCAAGGAACUCUGCACCAGUUGGAGCAACUGCUUCAUCAUCAGCAGCAGCUUCAGCCGCCGAAGCAGCUUCUGUUAAAACUCGUCUACGAUGGACUCCAGAACUUCACGACAAGUUUGUAGAUGCUGUUGCACAAUUGGGUGGCCCUGAACGUGCAACACCGAAAGCUGUACUGCGUGUUAUGGGCGUUAACGGGAUCACCAUCUACCACGUAAAGAGCCAUUUACAGAAGUACAGGCUUAUCCCCGAGGCUUCUUCUGAAGAUGCAAGAAAUGAUCGUAAACGAAAUGAUAAUUCGCUGGGCCCCAUGGAUUUAACUUCGAGCUUGCAAAUGACUCAGGCCUUACAGAUGCAGAUGGAGGUGCAGAAGCGUCUGCAUGAGCAACUGGAGAUCCAAAGGGAACUUCAACUGCGAAUUGAGGCUCAGGGGCAAAGCCUGAAGAUGAUGCUUGAAGCACAGGCAAAGGCUUCUGGAGGCUUCAUCCCGAGGCCUGAGCUUUUCUGCAACGCCUCUCUUCCUGCUGUCGCGAGCGAAGUACCCAAGAGCCAGGUAGUGCCGGCGCAACCCUCCCAAGCAUCAGAGACAGCGCCGCAGCAGAGCACAAAUGGGAGCUCUCCAGUGCGAGAGACAUCAGUCAAACGAGCUCGAGUCGAGGUCCCGAGUAUGGUAAUCGUUCCACAAGAGCAGUUCAGAGAGGCAUACAACAAACAAGACGGUCCCAAGACGGGGCUUUUUCUUCACGGCUGCUCUGCUCCUCCUCGAGAUUUCGCAGCGUCUUGUCAGUCUCCUCCUUCUCUUCCUCCUCCUCCUCAAUUGAGCUUACCAUCUCGACUACUACUUUCCAUCAAGGGACAUUCCACUGAUCAGACAGACGGACCAUCAUCAUCGACAUCGGCACCACCACCACCACCACCCAUUACUGACGACGAUGGAGGUGGAGGAGCCACACCGCAAUGGCACGAUGCAUCACCACAAGGGGGUUGCAUGCUGCAGCAACCUGGCAGCAUGACUUCAACAACAACAUCCCUGCAAGCCUCUGUGUGAGAGGCUUGUCAUGCCCAGUUCAGUGUUCUUUCAUUGUCAUCUUUCUCUGGUAUAGCCUGCCCCCCCUUGAGUAUACACAGGUCCGGAGGUCCUUCCUUCCCUGAGCAUAAUGCUACUCACGAUUAUUAUUAUUAUUAUUAUUAUUAUCAUUAUUAUUAUUAAUCUCUAUGGCAGGAGGAGAUCUCGUGACUAAGCACAACAACUCUGAUGGUAUAGAUUACACGGUGAACGGAGAGAGAGAGAGAUGGUUCAAUAUUCUUUGCUGCCACUUCUACAGGCAAGCAGAUAUAUUUCUUGUUGGAUCGCUAAAGUGGGUUAUUCGGAAAAAUCAGCAGCAGCAUAUGAUGCCGAAAGCUUACUUAGAUUACAUGAAGUUGGGCAAUUGCUCCUCUUUAGUCAUUCCGGAGACAAGAAACAAUGAGAUCACCGCAACCUUCCCUGGUGCGGCGAAUGUAAACAUUUACUUCAGAUCAUGGUAUUUAUGCAACUUUAUUUUCUUCUA